UUGAGAUUCUACAAGUCAUAUUUUCACAAGAGCCACCGUUAUGCAGCAAACCAGUCACCCGUACAUUGAUCAAUAUCGCGUCACAGCCGUGUUUUUCACAUUCUGCCCCUAAUUCACCAAAACGCGAAAACUGCAAUCAAUCGUCAACCGAACAAUUAAUAGACCUUUGGGCCUCCUUCCCUUUGGAGCCUUAUUAUACCACAUGCGCAACCACUGACGACAGACCAAUAUUUGGGCAACAAGCAAAACAACAAGACACACCUUUAGUUGCAUCAAACUCUAUUAAACAACAAGCGUGCAGUAACAUGCUUUUGUUGAAGCAAAACGAAACAGAAAAGAGGAAAAUACCAUCGGAAUUUAAAGUAGGCCAAGAGAGCAUAGACAAAAUAAUCCAGAAAUUUCAAAAUGAAAUAAAGGAGGUGGGAACUGACAUAUUUAGUAUGGGACCAGAUGCAGAUGAAUGUUCUGUGAAUGAAAACUCAACAGAAGAAGAGAAUUUAGGAGAGAACAAAAACAAGAAGAAAAAGGCAAAAUAUUCGGAAGAUGCUCUUCUGGGACUGGAAACUGAAUUGCAGACGAUUAAAGAAAGCCAAAAAGAUAUGAAAAUACAAUUAUUAGAACUGACGGUUAAAAUUGAAAAACUACAAUGCGAAAUUACGACCGUGAAACUGAAAAUGUUGUAAAAAAUCAAGAACGAUAAUAAUACAACGAAAUUUUAUACACUAACAUAAAUAAGAAUAUGUUAAGUUAUAUUUUAUAAUCUAGUGUGACUUACAAUUUUAUGUUUUCCCGUUUUAUCUUCUUAAUUUGUUUUAACUGGCACAGUAACUAUUUUGUAAAUAAAAAACAAAUAGUCAUGAUUUACCCAAAGUACUUCUAAAAAACAGCUGGCAUUUUUGAUUACGAAUUUGGUCCCGCAUUGUUUAAUAGCUUAAAGAAACCAUAUUUCUGUACAGUCGUAUUCUUUUUAUUUAAAAAAUUAAAAUAUUUGUAGAAUUUGUUAUUUACCGUGUUUUAAAUUUAUACAGAAUUUGUUUAACGUUGUAUUAUUUCGCGACAAGUAUAACGCAAUGUAUAGUUACCGCGCAUUUCCACACCCAUGAUAGCAUAAGUCAUAAGAGUUUGUGUUUUGUUCGUAAGUAUAAACCUUUUUUUUAUACUUGUUAAUUAACUGCUUGUAGCAAGUCAGUAACAUAAAACAACAACUAUAAAUAACUAUACUUAUGUGAAUUUCUGAAUUAUUGUAUAUCAUGUACAUAUUCGUAUUCGGUUUAAUAAUUUAGUUGUUUCUUUUAGAAAUAUCUUUUAUUUAAAAAAAACUGAACAUACACAAGUAACUAACAAUGUCUAGAAUGUCCCAGCAACAAUACAGUGCGUACCUCAAGUCACAGAUGCAAGGCAAGUACACACAGCUGGAUUUGGCCAAAAAAGAUGCUUUGAGUUUGAUGCACCAUUAUAAAGAUUUGCAGCCGAAAAUGGACCGGUUUAUCUACAAUGACGGCUCCACGAAAAACCUCAUGAGUUUAUGUGGUACAAUACCUGUCAAUUACAAAGGCACAACAUAUAAUAUUCCCAUAGCAAUAUGGCUCCAAGAAUCCCACCCCCAACUACCACCACUGUGUUUUGUUAAACCAACAAGUAACAUGCAGGUGAAACAAGGUAAACACGUAGAUGCAAACGGUCGUGUGUAUUUGCCCUAUUUAAACGAAUGGACACCGCACCGCCACACCCUUAUUGGUCUCACCCAAGUCUUGGUUGCUAUGUUUGGUGAAGAGCCGCCAGUAUUUGCUAAACCAAGUGGGCCACCACAAAGACCCCCGCAACCAUACCCUGCACAAAACCGAACCCCUUACCCAACCCCCGGGUACACGGCUCAAGGCCCUCCCACUACAAACUACCAACCAAAUGUAAUGUCCCCGUACCCCCCUGCAAUGCCAUCACAACAACCCACACCUUACCCUGCCACCAACACCCCAGGAUACCCCGGCUACCCCCCGCAGCCAGGCUACCCACCUGUCAAUACCUCUCCUUACCCCCCACAACCCCACCAGCCCGUAGUACAACCUAUGCAGCAGAAAGAUCAAAGCUUAGACGAGAACAUGAUAAAGGCGUCGCUACGAUCUGCGGCAAACGACCGGCUAAAACUAAGACUAAAAGAAACUCUCUCGCAAGCUGAAGCCGAAAACUCACAGCUUAAACAAGUGGGUUCUGAACUGAAAGGAGGCCAAGAGAGGCUUCAAACGAUUAUCAAGAAGCUACAGCUUGAAAUAGAUGAAGCGGACGCCAAUAUUAUAAUGUUGGAGCAGAAAAACGAAGAAGCAAAGCAAGAAAUCGAACUAACUGAGAAAAAACAAGACGAUCUUGAUGUGGAUGACAUAGUGAUGGCAACGACACCGGUAUAUCGACAGAUUGUGACUUCAUUCGCUGAGGAGCAAGCACUUGAAGACACAAUAUACUAUCUAGGGGAAGCACUACGUAAGGACGUGCUUGAUGUCGAUACAUUUCUCAAACACGUACGUUCGUUGUCGCGCCAACAGUUUAUGUUGCGCGCUGUUAUCCAAAAAGCUCGUAAAUCGGCGGGACUUGCAAAUAUAUAUUAGAUGCAUGAUGGUAUGGAAUUAUAUGGUGCAGGGUAUGCAGGCUCACCCUGGAAAUUUAGGGCUUGAAGCAAGUCCACAACCCAUUGAAUUUCCAAAAUAUGAAAUAAUUUUCCGUAAAAUAUUCUUUAAAAUACAGAUUUUUUACAGUUACAACAUUUAUUGUCGCAACUCCCUGAAAUUUAUAAAAUCCACACUGCUACAUAAGCGCAACUAAUAGCUUUUGUGAGACAAUAAUUGAAAGUCGAUUCAGUUAAAUAAAUUAAAUGUAUAUUAGUUGCUUGCGGGGCAUAUUCAGGGCAGUCUGGGCCCCUUUUUGUGAAUAAUAAGUCACAAAAUAUCUAUCAUUGCCUUGCAUCUGGCUUUCACACGGCGCAAAAAAAAAUUUUUUAAAUACUGUUGGAGCCACUUUGUAAAUUCCUAGAUGCACCUUAAUUGCUUUAUGUCAUUAGUAAACACCCCGCUCUGCUUAAAUAAUAUUAUGUUUCGAUUAGGCCAUGUUUGCAUUGAUGUAUUGUUUGUGAUUAAAGUGAUGUUUGUAGUAUAGUUAACAAUGUUAUGCCUUGUGCAUGGUGUAUAAGAACACUUUAUUAUUCGUGAAACAUUU